UCAUAGGAAAAGAAACAGCAAAAAACACCAGAAGGAAACCAAUGUAAUAUGUUAUGUGCCGUUAAUGGUCUUGCUAGGCAGAGCAACACAUUAUGGAGGGGACUUUAGAAAAUAGCACAGAUACGCCUGUGAUCUCUCAGAGCAAUGAUGCACCCAGAGAAACGAUUGACAUGGUGGAGCUUUCUAAUGAUGGCAACACAAAAUUUGAUGACACUGGCUUCUCCUUCCAGCUGCAAACUGCAAUGGAUAAUCUCAGACUGGAAAAUUCUCUAACAGAUGUAACGCUGUAUGUUGAAGGCAGGGAAUUUCCUUGUCACAGAGUCGUCUUAGCUGCUGCGAGUAAUUAUUUCAGGGCCAUGUUUUGCAACAAUCUGAAAGAGAAAAAUGAAGACAAAAUUGUGAUUAAGGGUGUGGAUUCAGAGACAAUGAAGAUACUAAUAGAUUAUACAUACACCAGCAGAGUGCUCCUCACCAAGUACAAUGUGCAGAAAAUACUUGAAGCUGCUAGUCUUUUCCAGUUCUUACGAAUUGUAGAUGCCUGUGCUAAUUUCCUCACUGAAGCCAUGCUACCAGAAAACUGUGUGGGGAUUCUAAGACUGGCUGAUGAUUAUUCCCUGCUUGCUCUAAAAACACAAGUGCAAACCUACAUAAUCCAGAACUUUCUUCAGGUGGUAACCUAUGGAGAACUUCUUGAUAUCCCAUGUGAUAUCUUUUGUGAGAUCUUAAAAAGUGAUGAGUUGUGUGUGACUGAGGAGGAGCAAGUUUAUGAAGCAGUGAUGAGCUGGGUUCGUUCACAAGAACAUGAGAGACUGCCACUAUUGUCAAAGAUCCUGAGAAAUGUACGGUUGCCACUGCUGGACCCAUGGUAUUUUGUUGAAAAAGUAGAAGGGGAUGAAGUGAUUCGCAAGUGUCCUGAUGUGUUUCCUCUCCUGCAGGAAGCAAGGAAAUAUCAUCUUUCUGGAAAUGACAUUAUUUCUGAACGUACAAAGCCCCGGGUGCAAGAGUUCCAGUCGGAGGUCUUUACAAUAAUAGGUGGCUGUACAAAAGAUGAAAAAUUUGUAUCAGAUGUGACCUGCUUUGAUCCACUGAGACGCAGCCGACUGGAAGUAGCAAAGUUACCAAUUACAGAAAUGGAGGCAGAUACUGAGAAUAGAAAAUGGAUAGAAUUUGCUUGUAUCACAUUCAGAAAUGAAGUUUACUUAUCAGGAGGUAAAGAGACACAACAUGAUGCCUGGAAGUACAAUCCUUCCUUGAACAAGUGGAUCCAAUUAGAAUAUCUAAACAAUGGAAGGUGGAGACACAAAAUGGCUGUGCUGGGAGGAAAGGUGUACGUUAUUGGUGGUUUCGAUGGAAUCCAGCGACAGAACAGUGUGGAAGCUUAUGAUUCCUUUCAUAACUGCUGGACGCAGGCAGCACCCCUCAUGCUAAACGUGAGCUCCUUCGCCGCAUCAGCCUACGAUGAGAAACUUUAUGUAAUUGGAGGUGGACCAAAUGGCAAACUCUCUACAGAUAAAACUCAGUGUUUUGACCCAUCUACUAAUGAAUGGAGUUUCAAAUCGUCAAUGCCAGUUGAGGCAAAGUGCAUUAAUGCAGUCACCUUUAAAGAACACAUUUAUGUUGCAGGUGGUGCAAUGAAAGCACUGUACUCAUACAACCCCAGGUUUGAUUCAUGGAGUUUGGUCACCAGGCUUGCCCAUGAGAGAGCCAGCUCUGGGAUCGCUGCCUGCAACAACAAGAUUUUUAUCACUGGAGGUCGUGAUGAGAAAAAUGAAGUCAUUGCCACUGUACUUUGUUGGGAUGCAGAAUCCCAGAAGCUGACUGAAGAAUGUGUCCUGCCUAGAGGGGUGUCUCAUCAUGGGAGUGUCACUGUUAGGAAAUCCUACUCACAUGUACGGAGGAUGGUGCCUGGUGCGAUUUCUGUCUGAUUUAAAAACAUAAAUCAACUAAUUUGCUGUUGGUGGAAUCGCUCAGCAUUUGAGAGCAAUAAAUCACAAAAACUGAGAAGAAAAUGAGAAACAAUGGCUUGCUUUCUUCUAGUCUACUGUCUUUACUGUCAAAUUGUAAGCUGUAUAAUGUUACAAAGAAAUUAAAAAACUAUGCUUCGUUUUUUAAAUAGUAUAUGAAUGUUCACCCCAAUGGCUCCAGGUCACAUUAAAAAUCUAUAUCUACAGUAUGCAGUUUAAUCUAAAUCUUCUAAAUCAGCCUGCUCCAGUGCAGGAUCAGAUACUCACAGCCUAUCUCAGUAGCAAUAAUAUUGAUACUGGACCAAAUUAGAGAUGCCAGUUUGAGCACUUUUGGAUAUGUGGGGAGAAACCAGAGUAUCUGUGGAAAGGCUACACAAACACACAGAGAACAUAUUAACAGUGACCAGGCUAGGAACAGGACUCAGUUUUCUGAAUCUGCGAGCUCACUUAGCAACCAUACCAUCUGAAAAGAAGGAAGCCGAGGAGUCCAUUUCAUGAAAUAAAACAUAACAUUUUCAAGCUGGAAUAGCUCGAUGUGAAGUUUUGUUAUGGCCUAUGCCUGCUGGAAUGGACACAAGUCAAAAAUAAUGUUGGAUGAGGACCUAGUCCUUCACAGGACACCCACAGACCUACACACUCACAUGUAGCCAGUCACCAUUUAGACUAACUCUUUGAAAUUACAAUGUAAAGUAAUAAUGACUGAUUACAAGUAAGCAUGAAACAGUAUAAAGGACAAAGUUGAGUUUUCUAUCAAGAACAACUACACAAAUGAACUGUGGUCUUUUGAAAUAUCUAGCUUGUUUCAUCUUUGCUUUGCAUUGUUUUUGCUUACUUUAUGAUUUGAAAAUGAUCAUUCUUAAUAAUACUGGCUUCACUAGCAGCGCUAAAUGUGUCUCAAAGGCAA